CAAAAGGAAGAAACCAGCAAACAGCACAGGCGGUGUAUAGGUUUCUUGGUGCUCAUGUGGAAGAAUUGGUUUCCAUAUCAGAUGCUAUCUCCAGUUACGUCUCCGGAGGCUCAACACGCCUGCCUUUGACACAUUUACGUUUGACACCAAGUGCCAUUAUUGUUAAACUGCCUCUGUUGGCUAGCUAGCUAAAGUAUGCCGGGCACAGCAAGGAGAGGUGAACUGCCGCCGACCAGAACAAUAAUUGUCUACAAGAACGGAGACGCUUUCUUUUCCGGAAGAAAAAUAGUUGUGAAUCCGCGGUAUUUGUCAACCUUUGAUAGUUUUUUGACCUUUUUGACCAGAGGGAUUGAGGCUCCUUUUGGCGCCGUGAGAAGGCUGUACACUCCCAGAGAAGGCCACAAAGUUCAGCAUUUGGACGACUUGAAGCAUGGGAGUGUAUAUGUUGCAGCCGGAAAUGAGAAGUUCAAAAAGCUGGACUAUUGUGAGAUAACAACAAAGAAGCCACAGAAAAAGAAAAAAGAGCAGAUCCGACCUGUUGUUCACAGCAGAAUAGUAGUUUCUGCUCGCUGGAAGAUAACUACAGACGAAUCUUGCACUAUAAAUGUCUUUACCAACGGAGAUGCCUUGGUUGCUCCAGCUCGAAUACGGAUCCCAAAGUAUACUCUUAGAAGCUGGGAAAAUGUUUUAGCCAUGGUGACAGAGAAAGUGCGUCUUCGCACUGGUGCUGUGUUCAGGCUUUGCACAUUAGAUGGACGUCCUGUCUGCGGCCCCUCUGAACUGGAGAACAAUCAGUACUAUGUCGCGGUUGGUGCUGAAAAGUUUAAAGCUCUCCCAUAUGAUCACUACGACCCCUGCAGGGAUUUAAUCAAGGAAACCAACGUGAUCAAACAGUAUGACACCAAUGAUUUUUGCCAAAACAUCCUGCCUGCUAUUAGAAAGACAAGACAUCCAAAGGAUGUGUUUGCUCACACAGGCUUUAGAGAGGACCUUGAGCACACAGCCAGGGGGCAGAUGAAGAAACAAGCCAAACCGGAGAGAACCAAACAACAGAGGCAGGUGUCCAGAAACCCAGUUCUCUUCUCGACAGGGGAGGGCAGUGUGUUCAAUGCACAAAACAAAAGAAGUGAGAUGGCAGGAGCAGCGGAGGUGCAGGAAGACCGCCAGGUGAAGGUGGACCUGCCUAUUGAUCAGGUUGAAGCCAAGAUAGUUGACGAGGAGUAUGAGAAUGGGAGUUGUUCUGUGAGUCCCCGCAAGGCCUCCCUCCAUGAUUCAGACAACUUGCGUUUGCAGAGGUCUUUGUCUGCAGGUUCCAGGAAGGAUGAGGCUAAAGAGAGGGAGGCGUCUUCCAGGCUUUGCAGAAUACGGUCACGGGUCUCCCGGAUUUUCAAGGAAAAAAUGAAACCUGAACAUUCAUUGCUCUGAUCCACAUGACAUUCAUUCAAGAGCCAGAGCCACAGCAUACAGUGUCAGACUGCUAAGGACCAGACGUCCUCUUUCUCUUCUGUCUCCAGAAGCCAGCUGCUCAUGUAUAAGAUGAAACCGUGUUAAACCAAAUAAAAAUGUCUUUCCUCUUGACAGCC